AUGUUACUCGCCGUGCUCCAUCGCGGUUCAUUUGCUACAUGCGACGAAACACAUCCGACCUGCAACAACUGCAAGAAGUCUAAGCGCGAUUGCGCCGGCUAUGAUCCAAUCUUCAAGCAACAGCAGAACAAUCCGGCUUUCCUGCAAGCCACGGCACAUGUUUCCCCACAAGGUUCAUCGACCACAACAGCAACGGCUCCGGAACCACGGCCCAAGAGUCCCCCACCUGUUCCCUACUCGUCGGUGGCAACCUCUUCAGCUGCGUCAAAUUCCGUGGCGAAUUCAGCUGGAAUCAAGUCCCCAUCCAUCGUUGGUGGUCCCUCGUCUCUCUCAUCCGCAUCAAGCAACUCUGGUAGUACUGCAUCCAGCUACUACAACGGAACAGGGUCAUCAUCCGCGGUCACGUCAUACCAAUCGAGCCACAGCGGCAACAACAUCGGCAACGGCAGCCACCACGAGAGCACCGACCAUAAGGGCCACAAUAGCAGCACAUCCUACGGCCCCGUAUCGCAUUCUCCGCGCCCCGUUGUGUCGUCUUCUGAAUACCAUGGUACGGCUUUCGAUUCUACCUAUAUUAAAGAAGAGCCGCGGCGAACCUACUGGCCCGACAGGACGCACCACGACUACCCGAACAAUGUGUCCGAUUCGCGAGACGCUGUACGGUAUACGAAGCCCUACGACUAUGGCCCAUGA